AUGAAAAACUGCAUGACCAGUGUCUCCGAUCAAUUUGUGAACUCCUUCUGGCGAGUCUUCUGUUGGCUAUGGGAAACCUUCGAACUCGUCCUCAUCAUCAUACUCGACUGCUUGGCGAGGCUAAUUGAGCUAAUACUCGUGACGAUAAAUCUAAUAUUUCAGGUGAUCUGCUUCCUCAGGGAUUUAUGCAUCGACGCAAUGCAGACAUUUGCCAAUAUUUUCCGUGGAAUCGUUAACAUCAUUAGCAAUAUCAAUCGCGACGAUGUCGAGGACUUUGCCUCUGCCUGCAUCGUCGUCGUCUUAUGCACCGGAGCUGUCAAAAUGCUCAUGGACUUUUUAAAGCAGGUAUACAUCACAUGUAUCGCGUGAUAACCAUUAUGUCAAUAAUAGAUAGACGGCGGCACGCCGAUAAU